AUGAAAGCUUCUGGUCCAGUGAUCCCCGUCAUCCUGGGUUUAUCCUUGCUCGGAGCUAGUGGAGCCUAUCUGUACAUGUUGUUUAAAAAAAGACGUUCCAGUUCAUCGGGAGAUGUGGUGGAUUUCUUUACUGGAAAAUCUGCCAAACAGGAUCCGGUGACAACGGAAUUAAUCAUAUCCAACAGUCUUAUUCCGUUGGUAGUUGGCCGCAAAGGUUACACGUUAAAACACAUCCAGCAAAGCACCGGAGCCGUGAUUAGUUUCAGUGAUCACGAUGAGGCCAAACAGCUGUGCUGCAUACAGGGACCAUCGGCAGCUGUCGUCGAAAAGGCUAAAGAAAUGAUACUGAAAGAAACGGCCCGACCGCUUACGAUUACGGAGGAAGUGAUCGUACCGCAGGCAGCGUGUGGCAAAAUACUUGGCCGCUGUGGAGACGAGCUGCAAGAAAUAUGCCGUAAAUCGAUGGCCAAAGUAUGGCUUGAAGGUCGCGCAAGGAGUGAAUCUGAACGACGCGUGAUGAUAACCGGCACGGAAUCUCAGAUAAAGGUGGCAAAGGAACUGAUUGCACAAAAGGUAAAUGAAGAUUGUGAAAGCAGAAAGUCGCUGCUUGAUGCAACACUUCAGUCACGGGAGCCUCGUAUAAGGACACCUCCAACAAGCUCUGCCCCAACGCCAACACCGAAUGAUGGAGGAAUAAAAGCGCUCGCAUCUUCUUUGAAAACGGCAAACUUGGUCAGUAAACCAAGUUCUGCCAAUUUUGGCAUCGGUCAGAUGGAAAUAUUCGUAUCGACCAUUGUUUCGCCGAGUAAGUUUUAUGUGCAGUUGGUCGGUCCCCAAUCGUUGGAGUUGGAUUUACUCGUGCAAAAUAUGACUAUGUAUUACAAUCAGCCCCAGAAUCGUGAGCUUCACAAGCAGAACAAACUUUCGCUAGGCCAGAUUGUAGCUGCCGAGUUCAAUGCCGAUAAUAAGUGGUACCGUGCGGAAAUAAGUGCUUGCUUGCCGAACGAAUACAAACGCGGCGAAUUAGUUCUCGAUCUGUUCUUUGUCGAUUAUGGAGACAAUCAAUAUACGAACCCAAAAGAGGUGUAUGAGUUAAAUCCUGAGUUUCUGGCGCCACGAUUCCAAGCGAUAGAAUGUUUCCUGGCAAAGGUGGAACCGGCACAACAGUCCGACCCAAGGUCUUCAUCGUCCGUUGGCGACGAAGACGAUUGGGAUCCGAUGGCUGUCAGUAGAUUCGAAGAGCUAACGCACGUGGCUCAAUGGAAAAAGAUUGUUUCAAAGAUUGUCACAUACCGCAACAGCAAGAGUCCUCUGCAUGGGCGCGAAUCAUCACCCAUUCCGGGCCUGGAACUGUACGACAUAGCGCCCAAUGGGACGGAUCUCAUCAACAUAGGACAGGAGCUGAUUGCGGAAGGAUUGGCGCGUCAUUCAACUUACGACAAAAUGGAUGAACUAUCGCGAAGUCAACUAUUUCAGAUGGGAUUAACGAAUGGUUCACCCGCUGGCGGCAGUUCGUCUCAGUCAUCAAGUAUUGACAAGGUAGACGAUACGAGUAUAUCGAGCAGUACGUCCACCUCAACGGUGGUAUCCUCCGGGAAACAUAUACAUGAAGUCAGCAAAAACGAACAACAGGAACACGUACAAUACAGAAGUUUGGCGAAUGGAACGCAUUAA